AUGAAGCUUCUACGGCGCAACCCCCGCAGCCUUUAUCUCUGGACGCUUCUUGCAGCGGGAGCAGCAGGAGCAGUAGCGCGCCCGACAGCUGCCGACACAGCUAUCAACAAACCUGACUUGCCGCAAUGCGGAUCUCCCCCAAGCGCCAGCUGUGUGCUGCAGCAAGCUGCUGCCCUACAGGAGUGGGGGAUAAACAUACGGAGACAGCUGCAUAGACACCCGGAGCUGAUGUAUGAGGAGGAGAGGACUUCGGCAUUGGUGCAGCAAGUGCUCACAGAAUUGGGCAUAAAGUACACGCCUGGUUGGGGCAGAGACCGCCGAUCAUCUCUUGUCGAUGAGUCUUUGCUAGAGCCAUCCACUGAGCGGGGGGACGCAGAGGCGCUACAAGAAAUGCAGCAGCAGCAGCAACAGCAACAACGGCGGCAGCAAGAAACAACUGGGAUUGUGGGGACAGGUGUUGUCGCUGAAAUUGGGACGGGAGAGGCCCCAUGCGUCUUACUACGAGCAGACAUGGAUGCACUACCUAUUCACGAGCAGGCAGACGUUGCUUUCAGAUCUGAGGUGGAGGGGAAGAUGCAUGCCUGCGGCCAUGAUUCACACACUACAAUGCUCCUCAUGGCUGCAGCCAUUCUAAAGAAAAACGAGGCUUCUAUUAAAGGCACAGUGCGGCUGGUGUUUCAGCCCGCCGAAGAGGGGGGCCAGGGAGCGAGAAUGAUGGUCGAGGAGGGUUUGUUAGAGCGGAGUCCAAGGCCAGGCUUGGCUUUGGGGCUGCAUGUUCUUCCUGAUAUACCGACGGGCAUUGUCGCCUCGAGGGAGGGGCCCCUCAUGGCUGCCACUGGAAGGUGA